UACACCUAGUGCCCUGAGCGCUUUUAAUUGUAGGCGAUAACAAUACCGUAUUAUUAUAUCCCGGUCCGCUCCACUGACCACAUUCACGUUACUAAAUCAUUUUUUUUAAGAUUAUAUGCCCAAUUAUAGAAUGAAAGUGAUCCUAAGAAAUUCAUUUAAUGAUAAUUUUAGUGUACAUAUACCAGUGGAGCGGAUUAAAAUUUCUUCUGUCAUCCUCAAUUACUAGACAUCGCUACACGUGCAAGAAGAACGCUGUGUAAUGCGACGGCGGAGGUUAACACAACUAUUCACAUGCAUAUGCAUUUUAGUGGCAGCAUUUACUAUUCUCAAGACAGCAUCAUACGAAAACCUGGUCCUAAUAGCAAAUAUCUCCUCUGAUAGACGACUUUACUUGGUGAAGAACAGCCAAGAGUUAUCAGCAAAUGCUGUUGUCAUACUUCCGCCUACAACAAGAGCAAUAACAAUAGUACCAAAAGAACAGGUAAACCAUGACAUCGUUAUCAAUUCGUACAUGCGCAGUGGAUCGAGUUUUCUUGGACAGUUGAUCGCCUAUAGACCCGACACAUUUUACUGGUAUGAACCUCUGUGGAAUUAUGACAGCGGGGUUUAUUACUGGGGGAAAGACUAUGUAUGUACCAACCAUAUCAAUUGUGGGUAUGCAAGAAACAGGAACUUGAAUAUAGGAAAGAUGCAUGAAACCUUAUAUAACAUAUAUAAAUGUGACUUUUCAUUGCUGGCACCUGCACUAGCCGAACAGAUGACGCCAAAUUACUCUGGUAAUAUUUGGAAACCUUAUAAGUCUUGCCGUGCACGAGGAAAAUCUGUGGAAAUCUGCUUAAAACGAAUGGAAACAGUAUGCAAAAAUGCCAAACAUCGAACAACAAAAAUCGUUCGAUUAACCGUCGAUAACUUGGAAUAUGUUCUUGAACAUUUACCGACUGUUAAAGUCAUUCAUUUGAUGAGAGAUCCUCGAGCAAUAAUAAAUUCUCGUAUAACGACAACGUGGUAUCAUUUGCACGAAACACCUUACGACAAUCAUCGACGUAUCAUGACAGAAGCCAAAGAUUUGUGUUUAAGAAUGAAGUAUGAUUUGAAAGCUGCAACGGUGCUUAAGCAAAAAUAUCCAGGGAGAUUUGCUAUCAUCAUGUUCGAAGACCUACAAACCGACAUGAAAGCUAAAACACAGAUGCUGUAUUCGUAUGUUGGUAUUGACAAAUCAAGUGUUGAAUCUAAACUUGGAAAUAUGACAGGCAUUUUGCAAGAAGAGCAUAACGUUAACAGAACACGAGGGAAUUAUUCCAACUGGUGGCGCCACCAGUUAAGUUACGGCGCUGUGAAAGUUAUUGACAGUGUUUGUAAAAAUGUAUCCGAUGUUUUAGGGUAUAAGAUAUUUUCAAGUGAAUCUCAACUGGAGGAUGAAUCUUUAAAAGCCUUUUUCUUCCGCAAAGAAGUACUUUUAGAAAACAUAUAUCUUAAUAAAUUAUAUGAUUUCUAUUUAUAAUUAUACUCCGAGUAUUUCGCUUGUAUGUAUUGCAGUCACCAAAUCCCGUGAAAUAAGCCAAGUCUGUGCCUCUCUAGAACUAUAUUAUUAACUUGCAUAUUUAACGGGCAAUUACUUGAUAUCGUUUGAUUCUUCAGGCAUAGAAUAUUGUUGUUGUAUAAUUUGGUCUCAACAUCAUUCUAGAACAAGUUUAUUUAUGGCCAAAUGUUUCCAUUUUCUGAUUCAGUUCAAAUGUUGUUUUUUUGUUAUUUUUCAUUGUAAAAAUUGAUCCAAAUUUGUGUUUGUUUUGUAUAUUUCAAAGCAGCUUUACCUCCACGCAUGAACACGGGCGAGGAAGUGUUACACGAGGGACGGAUUUCUUAUGAUCACUUGUUAAGGGGUUCUUGUGAUAACUGUCACGAAGUUCGUCGGAAAACUAUUGUAUAUACUGCAAAAAUACUCGUCAAAAAUGGUAAUUUUCAUCUUUAAAAAGUGAGUUUUCGUGAGUUUUAGGUGCUAAAUUAAUCUUUAAUGAUUUAGCUUGCCUUACAUAUUGUAUUAUGUGUCAAAAACUAAUUCAUAGUCCAUUUUUCAUCGCCUCUUGCUUAAAAUCUUGUAGUUUUGAGUAAAAAAUUUCAAAUUAUUUGCCAUUUCGCAAGUAUUGGCCUGUUUAUCCUUGCCAUACAUAAGUACCUAAUUAUAAUGCAAAAUUGCAAACAUAAAGCCCCGACAAACAAAUUUAUGCCCGAUUUUUCAAAUGUCCCGGAGUUCUUGUGAUAACUCAAAAUAUGUCCUGGAGUUCUUAUGAUAACUUUUGUUACUGCUAAUGUGUUUCUUGUGAUAAGUCACGGCACGUUUUAGCGUUUUUUAUUAUUCAGCAAGGUUGUAAAUCAUUAUGAAAUGUAGUACGUUAAAAACUACCAGAUUUUAAGCAAGAGACGAUGAAAAAUGGACUAUGA